AUAGCCGCCGUCGCGAUGAGCGGCUGCAGAUACAACGGCGGCGUGAUGCGGCCGCUGAGCCGCGCCGGCUCGUCGCGCCGCAACCUGCACGAGUUCGACUCGGAGUCGCAGCCGCUGCAGCCCGUGUGCGCCGUGGACGCGAGGACGGAGAACCGCACCAGCGUUCCGGUGCCGUACAACACGGCGGACGGCGCGGGAGGAGGAGGAGGAGGAGGUGGUGGAGGAGGAGGCAAGCAAGGCAAGAAGAAGAACCAGAACAUUGGCCAGAAGCUCGGCCACCGGAGGGCCCUGUUUGAGAAACGGAAGCGCCUCAGUGACUACGCGCUCAUCUUCGGCAUGUUCGGCAUCGUGGUCAUGGUGAUAGAGACGGAGCUUUCAUGGGGAGCGUACGGCAAGGAGUCGUUGUAUUCAUUAGCUCUAAAAUGCCUGAUAAGCCUUUCUACAAUCAUCCUCCUCGGGUUGAUUAUCAUAUAUCACGCCCGGGAGAUUCAGCUGUUUAUGGUGGACAACGCAGCGGACGACUGGAGGAUAGCCAUGACGUACGAGCGCAUCUUCUUCAUCUGCCUGGAAAUCCUGGUGUGCGCCAUUCACCCCAUCCCAGGCAAAUACACCUUCACGUGGACAGCACGCCUGGCCUUCUACUACACGUCGUCCAAGGCGGACGCCGACGUGGACAUUAUCCUGUCCAUCCCCAUGUUCCUGCGCCUCUAUCUGAUCGCCCGCGUCAUGCUGCUGCACAGCAAGCUCUUCACAGACGCAUCGUCACGCAGCAUCGGCGCCCUCAACAAGAUCAACUUCAACACACGCUUUGUCAUGAAGACCCUUAUGACUAUCUGCCCUGGCACCGUGCUGCUCGUCUUCACCAUUUCCCUGUGGAUCAUCGCCGCCUGGACUGUCAGGGCGUGCGAAAGGUACCACGAUAACCAGGAUGUAACCAGCAACUUCCUAGGAGCCAUGUGGUUGAUCUCAAUCACUUUUCUAACCAUCGGAUACGGGGACAUGGUCCCUAACACGUACUGUGGCAAAGGGGUCUGUCUCCUGACCGGGAUUAUGGGUGCCGGAUGCACCGCUUUGGUGGUGGCCGUGGUCGCAAAAAAACUGGAAUUAACCAAAGCCGAAAAACAUGUACAUAACUUUAUGAUGGACACGCAGCUGACAAAAAGAGUGAAGAACACUGCUGCAAACGUUCUCAGGGAGACCUGGCUCAUCUACAAGAACACCAAGCUGGUGAGGAAGAUGGACCAUGCCAGAGUCAGGAAGCACCAGAGGAAAUUCCUCCAAGCCAUUCACCAAGCGCGAAAAUUAAGAAGUGUUAAAAUGGAGCAACGGAAGCUGAAUGACCAAGCAAACUCUCUAGUGGACCUCGCAAAGACUCAGAACAUCAUGUACGACCUGAUCUCAGACCUGAACGAACGCGGCGAGGACACGGAGAAGCGCAUUGCCGUGCUUGAGACCAAGCUGGAGACAUUACUGAGUAACCUACAGGCUCUUCCAGGCCUCAUCAGCCAGCUGAUCAGCCAGCAGCAGCGUGACUUCCUGGAGGUGCAGCUGCAGCCAUACGAGCGCUCGCAGUCUGUAUCUCGACGGCGCUCUUCCUCCACGGCGCCCCCUACAUCAUCAGAGAGCAGCUAG